AUGCAUAAUCCCCGAGGACCAGGGCUGACGUUACUGGGGAGAUGCAUAUCACAAGCACUCGGUUCGGAUAUAUCGUUUACAGCAAUGUCUGAAGAUCAAUCGGCAUUCGAAGCAAGUAAGUGUAUUGUUGCCGAUGAAACAAAGGUUUUUGAAAUACAAAUUGAUCGUCCAGCAACGGGGAUGGGAGCAAAAAUUGGCAAAUUAACAUUGACAACAACUGAAAUGGAAACAGUUUAUGAUUUAGGACAGAAAAUGAUUGAAGCAUUAACAAAAGAAAAAGAAUAG